AUGGCUACCAACAUCACCUGGCACGAGGGACUUACCCACGAUGAGCGAGCCAAGCUUGUGGGACAGAAGGGAGUCACCCUGUGGUUCACCGGCCUGUCUGCCUCGGGCAAGUCCACAAUUGCUACUGCCCUCGAGCAGUUCCUUCUCCAAAACAAGAUCAACUCCUACCGACUGGACGGAGACAAUGUGCGAUUCGGCCUCAACAAGGACCUGGGCUUCUCCGAGGCCGAUCGAAACGAAAACAUCCGACGAAUCUCCGAGGUGGCCAAGCUCUUCACCGAUUCCACCUGUGUGACUCUCACUUCUUUCAUCUCUCCUUACAAGAAGGACCGACAGAGCGCACGAGAGCUCCACGAGGCCUCCAACCUGCCCUUCGUUGAGGUCUACGUUGAUGUCCCCAUCGAGGUUGCUGAGCAACGAGACCCCAAGGGUCUGUAUAAGAAGGCUCGAGCUGGAACUAUCCCCGAGUUCACCGGAAUCUCUGCUCCCUACGAGGCUCCCGAGAAGCCCGAGAUCCACAUCAAGAGCCACGAGACCUCCAUUGAGGACGCCGUCAAGCAGAUCUACCAGUACCUGCAGGACAAGAAGUACGUUUAG